AAUGCAGUGGUUUGGUGGCAACGUAGCGACUGCGAUUCAAAUUUCCCGUAAGAACAAAGCUCUUCUCAUUGUAUAUAUCACCACGGAUUCGGAAGAUGGCCAGAUUUUCGAUGGGUUUUGGCAACAUAUCGAUUCGUCAAAUCUUUUAUGCGCAGUAGUGGGAAUAAAACUGAAAGCUGGUGAAACUUCUGCCCAGCAGUUUGCUGAUAUUUAUCCUACACCAAUUCUGCCAGCAGCAUAUCUAAUCGAUCAAAAUGGAAAACCUUUGGAAGUCAUCACUCCGCUCGUUGGAAAAACAUAUGACCAGUUCCGAGCCAAAUUUGAUAAAGCUACUGCUCAAUUCGUCAAUGGGAUGCCAACAGCAGCUGCAAAUCAACUUUCAACACCUAGUCCUUCUCCCGCCCCUGUCCAAGUACCAGCGUCAACGGAUGCCCCAAUCCCAGCCCCAACACCUGUUACAGCACCAAUUCAAUCUUCAUCAACUUCUCAGGAAAUGACUCGUGAACUUGCAGAGAAGGUAGCAAGAGCUAAAGCUCUUCUAGAGCAAAAAAAGCAAAAAGAUGCUGAAAAGAAGCGAGAGGCCGACAAACAUGUAAAGGAAGAAAUGACAAAAGCACGCGAAGCAAAACAGGAAAGAGAUGCUGAAGCGUUGGUCAAAGCAGCGAAACAGAGGAAGAUGGAAAAAUUGGCAGCCGAAAGUGAUAAGAAACGAAUUUUGGCCCAAAUUAAAGCUGAUCGCGAAGCUGCUCAGAAAAAGUUCGGGAAACUUGUGAACACUGAAAACGCUUCGGAGAAUACUGAAAAGAAACAAGAAACCACUGUUGGAAAGGCUGUGCCAUCAGACAGGUGUCGUCUACAAGUUCGACUUCCUGAUGGUUCUACUUUUGUAGAAGAAUUUCCUUCAAAUGAUGUUCUCAAUUCUCUCGUAGAGAUCAUUCGUCAAAAGCCCUCUAUUGCUGGAACUACUUUUGAAAUUCAGCAACCGUAUCCACGCCGCAUAUUUACAAAUGAUGACUAUUCGAAAACAUUCCUCGAGAAUCAAUUAACACCCUCUACCGCACUUGUCGUAAUUCAAAAAUCGUCGGGUUCCUCUUCAAAUUAUGGAUCUUUCUCGCUCAGUACUCAAACCGUAUCCUUUGUAACAUGGGUUUUAUACCCACUCACUGCUUUUUGGAAUAUUUUCUGUGGUAUGAUUGGCUGGAAUUCUACCGGAAAACAACAAGACUCGAAAUCUAAGAAAAACGAUGGGCCAUCUACAUCGGGUCAAUCAGGAUCACAACCACAAAGACGCGGGAUGCCAAGGAGUGCGGAAGUUCGUCGGCGUGGAAACGUCGCAGGGCUUGAAAAUCCGAAUGAAGACGAUCCUGAAGAGCGAGCCAGUUUCAAUGGAAAUUCUACUCAGUUCAUGUAAUAAUGUAAAUUUCUUGUCGCCUGUGAUUCCAACACCAAAAGUUCAUCGCCAUGGAUAAUUUAUUUUUUGCUCGUUUAUAAUUCGAAUCGAAUAAAAGUUUUCAUUU